GUGUUGACGUGUCGGUUUUAGUGUAAAUAGAGGGCUAGACAGAGUUUGUCCGAGUGGGGUUUGCAAGGCAGCGGUCUGAUCCUGCGUGUCUGUGUAUAUAUUUAUCAGGGACAGGUGCGAUGCAGGGGUAUCAGAAUUUACCCAUUGACAUCCAGACCAGCAAACUGCUAGACUGGCUGGUAGACAGGCGACACUGCAAUCUGAAGUGGCAGAAUUCGGUCCUGCAAAUCCGUGGGAAGAUCAACACAGCCAUCCAGGACAUGCCUGAGAACGAGGAGAUCAAGAGGCUGCUCUCCGGGUCUUAUAUCCAUUAUUUCCACUGUUUGAGAAUAGUGGAAAUCCUUAAAGGAACAGAAGCCACCUCAAAGAAUAUAUUUGGAAGAUAUUCUUCCCAGCGGAUGAAGGAUUGGCAAGAAAUCGUGUCCCUUUACGAAAAAGAUAAUGCGUAUUUAGCGGAGGUGGCCAGCCUUCUGGUGCGCAACGUGAGCUACGAGAUCCCCUCCUUGAAGAAGCAGCUUAGCAAGAGCCAGCAGCUGCAGCAGGAGUUCAGCCGCAAGGAAGUGGAGUGCCAGAACGGAGCCGCGGUCAUGAGAGAGAAGUUCCACAGCUCCUGCAAACAGUAUGGCAUCAUGGGUGACAAUGUGAAGAGGGAGCUGCUGGCCCUGGUCAAGGACCUGCCUGCCACGCUGGGGGAGGUGGGGAAGGAGACCAGCUGUCUGUCCGAGGCCAUCCAGCUCUACGCAGCCUUUGGAGAGUUUGUGUGCGACUGGUCGUCCGAGCCUGGGCUGCCCUUGCUGAGACACACCCAGUGCCGGGGGAACACCACUGUGUACGAGUGGAGGACAGGGAGCCCCCCCUCCCUCAUCGAGAGACCCUCAGUGGAGGAGGAGGGGGUCUCUGCCGCUGAGGACUCGAUUGACUGGGGGGCUCUGGGCAGUGAUGGGCACUCCGCCUCUGAUGGGAUUGAUUAUGGGAUCUCUGUAGCGGAUGGAGGAGUGGACUGGGGGAUCAGCUUGGAGCCGGGCACCAUGGAGGCAGGGGAUAUAGACUGGGGAGAGGAGGCUGCCAGUCCAGUGGAGAUCGAAGUGGUGGAGAUGGGCACCAACUCCAUGCAUGGUAUCAGUAAGGGAGACGAUCUCUUGGGAAACCCAGAGACCAGGUACCAGUUCAUAGAUGAGCUCAUGGAGCUCGAGGUGUUCCUGACUCAGCGGCUGUGUGAGAUGGGUGAGGAGGGGGACGUGCUCUCGAUGAGUCAGUUCCAGCUGGCCCCGGCGGUGAUUCAGGGCCAGACCCGGGACAAGGUGCUGGGGGUGCUGAGCCUGGUGAAGGGGCUGAUCGAGCGACUCACCAGCGUCAGGAUGCAGCAUCUGUUCAUGAUCCAGGCUUCGCCACGCUAUGUGGACCGCGUGACUGAGCUGCUGCAUCAGAAGCUGAAACAGGCCGACAUCCUGGUGCUGAAGCAGCAGGCGAUGGCUGAGAGGAGGCAAGAGGCGCUGAGGGAGCAGGGGCAGCUGGAGCCCAGAAUAGACCUCCUAGUUCAGAGGACCAAGGAGCUGCAGAAACAGAUCGAAUCAGACCUCUCCCAGCGAUACAAUAACAGAGCAGUUAAUCUGAUGGGAGUCACACUGUAACUCUCAGCACUGCAAACCAGGUGUCUCUGUCUCUGGAUGCCACUGUUUUCUGGAUCUGCCCUCAUUAACUGUUCUGCCUCAGCCUCUAUGAUGUUGUUAUUUUAAAUAAUUCAAUAAAUUAUUGUAUUUUGAUCCAAAAUAAUAAUAAUAAUUAGACUGUAUGUAUUCAGUGGUGGUGUGGUUUUGUUUGUAACUGGAUACUGGAUGAUAUUUGACUGCCGGAUCAUUACACUGACAAAGGCACGAGUCCAAACAUUUGUCUGCUUGACUAAGAAGCCAGAUUGAUCAGCCUGUACCCUGAAAAAGCCACAGCAGGGAUAUUUUUCUAGAGACUUUUACAGAACUGGGGAAUCUGUCUUGUUUGCAUUUACCACCCAUUCCUGAUUAGCCCAGGAUUACCCAGAUACAGAAGUGCUGUGUUUGUCUGUGUGUCUGUGAGGUUGCUGCACUUUGAAAAAAAAGUUUUUAAAAAAGAAAAGUUACAUCAGAAAACAGUUCUAUAAUCACUCCUGCCCCCACUCUCUGAAAAUCUUUAUAAACCAUUUCAUUUUGUGCCUUUUUUUAGCAUUUAAAUGUGCAUCUGAGUCACUGGAGGAGUUGCGCUAGGGCUGAUGAUUAAAAUGUAAAUGUUUAGCUCACAGCCGUUUUAAAAUCUAUAAAUAAAUAAAACGAACUGUCAAGCUCUUGCAUUCCCUCAUUAGCAAUCAGAGAUAGAGAGAGGAAGAGGAAGAGGGCAAGUAAAUUAACAGCAAGUUCCACUCUCUGUCGGCACAUUCAAACUCAUCCCAGCACAGCGUGUUACCCACAAAGUGGCUUCGCGAAUGUCAUGUCGCUGUUGGGCCGAGCCCAGACAGCCGAUUAAAUAUCUGCGGUUAAUUCUCUGAGCGCCGUUUCAUUAAGAUGGGCUGUGGCAAGCCCCAUCUCCGCACAGCCGGGGACCCGCGAUUUUACAGAAAUCCAAUCUUUGUGUUUACAGCUCUGCUCGUUUUCGAGGCGCUGCAGAAGACGUGCACAGGAACACCAUUGCACAGCACGUCUGCUUUCUUACACGUGUACAAAUCCACCCACCCCUCCGGCAGCCAAUUUGGAUAACAAGUCAGGGCUAUUAAAACAUGCACAACUGGAUUGCUUUUGGAAUAUGCAUCUCACUUUGCGCCGAGCAGCCAACCACAGAGUUGGGCUUCUUGAGGAUUCUUCUUUAUAAGACAUUAAAGUUAUUGCAGCUAACUAAAAUUAUUUAUUCAUGAUGAUUUGUGUAUGCAUUCGGCAGACGCCUUUAUCCAAGGUAUUACAGGGCAGUACAGGGUUACAAUGCAAGAUUAAUAUUCAAAUAGUUUGCAUUAAUACUAAUAGAAUAUAAUAUGAAAUAGGAUGCAACAAAUUAGGAUCACAACAAGUUUUAUCUACAGUGACACAGUAGUGCAAUAAUACAUUAGCUGAGGAGCCAGUAACGUGGUGCCGAGGUCAGGCAAGUCCAGUGUAGAGUAGGAGGGGUAGAUCUCACCAUUGUCCAUGCCAUGCACUGUGUUAUCAAACAUGUAUUUUCAAAUGUCAUCUACUGCCCUAGGGUAAAGAAAUCUGUUUCCGCAAAGCCAAGGUUGCGUUGAACAUUUCUGCCUCUGCGAGAGGGCGACUGAAUUGUGGCAGUGUGACAUGACGGGGUCUGGAGCCGUUAACUGUAUCAGUUUAGCAACGAGCAAAAAAGUGGAAAUCACAGGCAAUAAAUGAAAUAAAUAGAUUAUAAGUAAUUAACACACAGUAAUAAUAGUUAACAGAUACUCCAGCUGUUGCAUUUCAUAGUUUGAAAUCAUUUUUAAAAGUGGUGGAGAGGGGCUAGAAUGUGAGGUAUAUUUGUUUGUUUUGAUGUAGAUAAAUACAUGUGUGGCACUGCACACCUGCACAGGUACCACAGUCACCUCACCUGCAGUUUCCUUGACAACCUAGUUUUUAAGUCGUGGACUGCAGUACCUUCUUUGAACGGUAGCGGUGCUCAUUUUAU